AUGGCAUCCGCUUCGAGAGCCUCCGAGCUUCCGCUCGUCAAACUACCAGAGCCAUACAAAACGAAAUAUGAACUUUGGCAAAGCCCAUCCGAUUCGAACAGGCGCAUCAUUCAACUUCGGUUGUCUGAAGUUCAAGAUAGCGGCGCAUCCGAACCUCCUGAGCCACUUCAUAACGAUGCUCUCGUUUUCAGCGAAUUGAUUUCCAGUCCUCAAUCGCAAAUACCAUCCGCGUCGGACAACACUGCCUGGGGCCGAGCAUGCAGAUACUUGGUUUCCUUUGUGACGUGGGAUGGGGACGCUGCUCCCACCGUGGGCCAGGUUUGGAUAAUAGUAUAUGCCAUUCUAUCAGCAUGGCCGGCUGAAGAAUAUUUCCGAUUAUGUCUGUCUGGUCCGCAAAAAGAUCAGCUGUGCGAAGAGAUCGCGGCUACGGGCCUGGGUAGGCCGUUCCCAAACAAGGCGGAAUCGCAGGAAAUUGAGGAUAUGGUCAUCUCGAGAGCCGCUUUCUGGCAAGGAGCCGGAUCACCGUUUGGAACACGCCCCAUUUGGAUUGCACAACCCCAAGAAGGACCUAACUCCAGGCGCCCGGCUUCUGAUUAUCCACCUUUCCCGCUGCAGUACACCAUCACCACCGACUUUUCUAGCCGUCCGAUACACGCUCAGCACCCAAUUCGACCCGCAAAGCCUGCUCGCGGAGCAACGAUCUACAGCCGCUAUAUCCCGCACUUGGACGAGUUCUUCUCCAUGGUACACUUAGACUAUCAGAAUGAGACUCACCUCAAUCUCUUCCACAAAUGGCAAAACGAUCCGAGGGUUGCAGUCAACUGGAACGAAACCGGGACAUUGGAGGAGCACCGCGAAUACUUGCGCAAAAUCGACGUAGAUCCCCACCAGAUGGCGGUAAUGGCCAAGUUCGACGACAAUUAUUUUGCGUACUUUGAAAUAUACUGGGCUAAAGAAGAUCACAUGGGCACAUAUUAUCCUGCCCUAGACUGGGAUCGCGGGCGCCAUUCAUUAGUGGGAGAUGCCCGGUUUCGAGGGCCGCAUCGAGCGACCGCUUGGUGGACGAGUCUGAUCCAUUAUCUCUUCCUUGAUGAACCUCGAACCACGUGUGUCGUUGGUGAGCCCAAAGCCACGAACGAGCCAGUGUUGGCGUAUGACGCCGCCAAUGGAUUCCACGUUUAUAAGUGGGGAGAUCUGCCGCAUAAGAGGUCUGCGAUGGUGAGGUGCGAGCGUGUGCGGUUCUUCGAGGUGGUGAAUUUCGGAAGCGUGACGAGCAACGGGACCGCGAAGUCUGCCAGACCUAAGCUGUAA